AAGCGUACGUAGUUGCCUUUAUCCUUUGGCUUCUUCUUUCGGAGGAAAACAAAGCCAGUUAACGUCGGGAGUCACAAAAUUUGCAUUGGAAAUUAGUGUCGUAAUAUUAAUUAUAACUAUACACAAUACCAGCACUGCAGAAUCUUAAGUGGCAAGUUUGAAGUCCUAUUAGCACUACUAAUGAUACAGCGGCAUUAAGAGAACCUCCAUACUUCCUAAGGAUGGCUAGUUGUGGCGAGGUAGACCACACUGUUAGCUCCCUUCCAUCCAGUAAGAAGGGCAGCAAUAGCAGUGGUGGAAGUGGGAACAAUGCAGAAUCAUCAUGCUCUGGUUCCAGCAACUCAUCUCCUGCCCUGUCUGUACCAGAGUGUGCCAUCUGUCUGCAGAGCUGUAUCCACCCUGUCCAGCUGCCAUGCCAUCAUGUCUUCUGUUUCCUGUGUGUGAAGGGAGCAUCCUGGCAGAGUAAACGCUGUGCACUCUGCAGACAGGAAGUACCGGACGACUUUUUGGAAAGGCCUACACUCCUCUCUCCAGAGGAGCUGAAAGCAUCAGCAGGGGGUCGGGGUGGGACGGCAAGUGAUCACGCCUGGUAUUAUGAGGGUCGGAAUGGUUGGUGGCAGUAUGAUGAGCGAACCAGCCGUGAGCUGGAGGACGCUUUCUCCAAGGGCAAGAAGACAGCUGAAAUGCUCAUUGCAGGGUUUUUGUAUGUAGCUGACUUGGAGAAUAUGGUGCAGUAUAGGCGCAAUGAGCAUGGUCGUCGACGCAAGAUGAAGAGAGACAUUUUGGAUAUCCCAAAGAAGGGAGUGGCAGGACUGCGUUUGGACACUGAUGGUGUUACUGGGGCCAUUGGGGCUGCAGGGAGAGAAAACUCAGCUGACGGGGCAGAUACCUCUAUAUCAGGUGCACAGCAGCAGGUUACAGGUAACUCUUCCACUGUUGCAGCGCCUCCAUCCAGUGCCAGACCACCCACUUCCCUCGGGGGCCAGCCUGGGAGCAACAGUAGUACCUCUCUGGAGGAUGCUCUCUCACAGAUGCAAAUUAGCCCCCGGCCCACACCUUCUCAUGAGCGCUCUGAAGCUGGGGAGGGAGAAGAAGAAGAUGAGGAGGAUGAGGCCUCACCCUCAAGGUCCUCUGACCCUCACACAUCAGUGGACGAAUCUGGCUCUGGAGACUGGAGCGAUGAUGAAGAAGAGGAGGAUGAAGAAGAGGAGGGGGGAGAUGGAGAGCAUGUGGAUCCAUGGGAGGACAGGUCGCGCAGACAAAGACUGAAUCCAGAGGACAGAGUUCCUCCUGGUGCAGAGUCUGCCUCUACCCCUUCCUCAACAAGUAGCAGUGGAAGGUCCAGAAUGCCUGAUGGCCAAUGUACAGUGACUGAAGUGUAAAGUUAUUGCUGAUACCUUCAUUGACAAAUGGCUAUGUUCCAUUCCAUUAAUUUAUUCCUUAUUUUAUGCUGUUAAACACUCUGUCACAGAUCAAAUGUGGGUGGAAUGCUCAUUAACAUAGUAGAGGGGCAGUACACACUUGAGUUUGUCUUUUUUUCCCUUCUUUCUUGUUUGUUAAAACUUAACAGUGAAAGUGAAGUGAUUCUAGUCAUGACAGAGUUACAAGUUGGCACACAGAUGGGUACAGUGUGUUGUAAUGAGCUGUGAACUCUUUUAUUUAUAAUUCUAUAUCAACCAGUCCAUCAUGUGAGGUGGGUGUAACAGACUUGUUGUGACAACUGUACAAUCAUUCUGCAAACUUAAAACCAUUUGGUUGUAGGCAUAUCAAAUCUGUUCUUUUAGCUUGCCAUCCUGCCUCUGCUAAUCAUCUUGUCUUUAAAUUAAUAAGCAAAAUGCCCAGAGGGAUUCUGGGAGUCCCAGACAGACCUGUGACAUGCAGUGAGAAAUAGUAUAAAUCAGGAUUUUAUUCCUGGAAGUGGAACUCUUUCAUUAUCAUAAUUGUGAAUGGCUGCAUUCUAAUAAACACCUUAACUCUCUCAGCUAACAUAGCACAGAAAAAUGGGCUUCUCCGAGCUCAGGUCAUCUGAUUGCUCUAGCAAAUAAUUUAAUUCCUUGACAACGUGUUCCCAGUCUCUACCCCACCUGAAUAUGUCCCUGCUUCAGGUUUAAAUGAUUGUGAAGCUUUUCCUUCCAAGUUCUGAAACUAAUCCAUUAACUGAAGCUGUUUGGAGCUGGUUGUGCCGGUUUGAAGAAAUUUUAAUCAUUGUUUAUCCUGAAGAAGAAAACAGAAAUAGUAAAUGAAGCUCUGGAACCAUGUGGGUGUUUCACGUUCACACUAAGUGUUUUAUAACAUAGUAAUGUCAUUCAGGAGCCCACAUGAGUACAAGGCUCUCAUGUCAUUUCAAUUAACCUGCAGCUUCUGAAACUGUAAAAUCUAAGAUGAAGAAAUCUUGUUAAACAAUGUGCUAAUGGAAUUACAUUAUCAACUGUGUUUUAACAUUUCCAGCUUGAAAGACUUGGCUUUUAAUGUGAAGUAUAUCCAUGUUUACCUUUUAAAGUUGUUGAGGUGUCUGUUGCCUCAUUAAAUUCUUCUUGUCCCUGAUUAAGGUAUUUUCAAUUGGUGUGUUUCCAAAGUUUUGGGCUUUGUGCGUGUUUGAAGAGAGAGUUAUUUAAACACUACUGGUUGGCAGGAUGUCGAGAAUUUAUAUUUUUGGAUUCAGUUUGAGUAAAUGUUUUUAAUUUGUGUAUCUUGCGUUCCUGGUUGUAAAUCCUGUUUUAGGUAUGAUAUCUGAGGCAGAAAGUGAACAACACACCAUUUGCUUUCGGCCAUACUGCAGAAAUUUGAAGUUCUGUUUUUAUUUCUAUGUCUUACAUGCUUACAUCAUAAGCUCAGUUAGACUUCUCAUUCUGACAAAUAAAGUUUGUGUAACGGUUUUUGCUUGGCUACUUUUUUGUUACAUGGUUUGUAAUUUAAGAAUAAAUUGUGUCAUUUCAUCAUCCUAAAACAGUCA